AUGUCAACUAUCCAAAACUUAAACGCAUUUGAUCCAUUCGCCGAUACUGGUGAUUCAGAAGCUCAACCAACUAAUUAUAUUCAUAUUAGAAUUCAACAAAGAAACGGUAGAAAAACUUUAACAACUGUUCAAGGAGUCCCUGCUGAAUAUGAUUUAAAAAAAAUUUUGAAAGUUUUAAAAAAAGAUUUUGCUUGUAAUGGUAACAUUGUUAAAGAUGAUGAUUUAGGUGAAGUUAUUCAAUUACAAGGUGAUCAAAGAGUUAAAGUUUCUGAAUUUUUAACUGGUCAGUUACAAUUACCAAAAAAGAAUAUUAAAAUCCAUGGUUUCUAG